GAUAAAGAUUAUCAGUAUCAAAUUAAUUGGAUCAUCGUUGGAAGUAUCAUAGUUCUUUUCUUUCCAGGUUUCAAUGUGAAACAUAUUAAGCAUUAGAGCGACACGUCGAACACCGAUGCUUUUAGAAAAGUAUCAUAGAAAGUAGAACUCAACUGAAAGCGAGGAAGUAGGAAACCAUGCCUUGCGUCCUGUGUGUCAGUGAACCAAAGGAUGCAAGAAUAUUACCAGAAUGUCAUCAUGCUCUCUGUGAGGACUGUCUUACUGAAUACAUCACCGUCUGCUUUAUGGCAAACAAAAAAACGCGCAAAAAGAAGAUGAAAGUUCUAAAGUGUCCGCAAUGCACGACGAUGUUUCAAUGUCCUGCUUCAAUAUCAUCCAUCCCUGAAUGGAUAUGCCAGUUACGGAUAUUGGCGUCCAAGCCAUCUGAAGAAAUUGAAACCGAGAAUGUUCUUACUGAGCAGCACGGCAAAGCUAGCACUUUUGAAGAGAUUAACACAACACUCGGGCCUCCAAUGUACACGUACAUAGUUGAAGACCAAGUUUCAGGAAAAACAAGCUCCAAGAGAGAGGCUAUUGACACAACAGAUGAGAGUCAUAAACGUUGCUCAACACAUCUUGGAAGGAACGUUGAGUUUUACUGUUGCAGCCAUGACGAAUUCAUUUGUCGCAUAUGCAUUAUCAGGGAACAUAACCAUCGGCACUGUGACAGCAUUGUUGAUUUGGAAGACGCCGGUGAGAUAAUUCGGAAAGAUGAAAUACGUAUGGCAGUGAUAAGCGAUCUUGAAGCAGCUAAGGAAUACAAUACACAGCUGAUUAAUGAAAUAGAUAACGCUAGAAAAUCAUCUGGAAAUCAGCGAUUAGAAAUAGAGAAGACAUUUGAAAACCAUCGACAAAAAGCUUUACAUUUUAUUGAUCUACGUGAGAAAGCUUGUCUGAAGACUUUCGAUGAAGUUAUGGACGACCAAUCAACACAAUUAAACAAAACAAAAGCUGAACUCAAAGCCAACCUAGAAGAAAUUGAAAGCAUAGCCAUACAGCUAAAAGAGACAAUUGGGUCGGAUGUGAAGCGUUCCUACUUAUUUCCAACUGUUUUGAAAAUAAUAACGAAAAAUUAUCAGAGGAAUGUAAAUACCCGUGAAACUCAUUUUCAGUCCACUUUAACGAAGGUAAAAAUAAAAAAUGUUGAGACUGAAAUUUUGGAACUAGGUUGCAGAGGGGUUGAAAUUGAUUUUGAAAAACAGACGCUUUCAUCGUUCCCACCUGUUCAAAUAUCACCGGAAAGAUUACUUCGGGCGAUUUCUGCAGAAUCAUAUGUUCAAACUGCCAGUAAAAGUGUACAAGGUGCAGUUUCUGGAAUACACGACCAAAACGAUAUUGUUAUCAAACAAUCUGCUGAGAUUCAUCAAGCUAAUAGUGAAGGAGAUGUAGACGAGACAACCACCAUAGAAAAAUACAAAGUUUCUGGAACACACGACCAAAACGAUAUUGUUGUCAAACAAUCUGCUGAGAUUCUUCAAGCUGAUAGUGAAGAUGUAGACGAGACAACCACCAUAGACAAAUACAAAGUUUCUGGAAUACACGACCAAAACGAUAUUGUUAACAAACAAUCUGCUAAGAUUCAUCAAGCUGAUAGUGAAGACGUAGACGAGACAUUCACCAUAGUAAAAUACAAACGAACUGCUGAAAGAGACACACAUACCAAACCACAAGACGCAAAGGACGUUGGAUUUUCGUUGAAAGAGGCAUUGCUUACCAGAAGACCAUAUGGAACACCGAGCCAUAACAACAACAACAACAACAUCAAUAGGCCUGUUUUGAAACACACUUUCAGUACAACCUUGAAGUUACCAUAUCCACAACAAGGCUGGAUUACUGACGUUCUUGUGUUGAGAAAUGGGAAUAUCGUAUUUUCUGAAACACUGCAUAAUAGACUAAUGAUUACUAAUCAGGAAUUCUCGGUAAUCUCUGACUUGGGUAUGAAAUAUCCUCCUGGUCAAAUGGCCCUUAGAGAAAACAGAUCCAUUUUGAUUUGCCAGAAGGGGACGAACAUGAUUGCCGUGUUUGUUAUUGACGAAAAUGCUGCCUUAAAGCUGAAGUCAUGCAUGGCUCUACCCUGGCACCCAAAGAGCAUAAACUCGUUACCGAACGGAGAAGCCCUUGUUUCGAUGCAAGCUCCCGAUUAUGAAUGGAAAGUUAUCAAAAUGCAAAGUUAUGUUGACGACACUUUCAAAAGGUUUAAAACGAUCAAUAUUUCAAUAGACGAUGGAUAUUCACUGCAUGUUGUUGUUAGUCAGACUGGUUCCCUGCUCGUUAUUCAAUGCUGUGAAUCGGAAGGAGUCGUACAUGGAUUUGACCUUGAAGGAAAUCAGAAGUUUUCAUUUGAAUGUGAUCAGCCCAAGGCUGCCGCGCAAGACAGAUAUGGGUAUAUUUAUGUAGUCGAGUACUCUGGGGCGGUUCACGCACUGACACAAAAUGGAACACCUUUCGGUGUUAUUCAAAAUUCAAAUAUGUACAGGUGCCAAAGGAUUGCUUACGAUGAGAGAAAUGAUCGUCUUAUUGUUACAACUUACAAGGACAGUACAAUACAUACGUUACAGAUUGACUAUAAGAGUAUUUGAAGGAGAAGAUGUUGGGAAGUUGGCUCGAACUCCCAGGGACCGCCUCGGAAAACUCGAGCCAAGCGGGCAUGCUUACCUUCAGUAUAAACAAACCCGUCCUUUACAUCCAUUUCGAGCAAACGAGAAAUGCGAGCCAAACGAGUUCGAGCCAACGGGGUUCGACUGCUCAUGCAUUGCAAUAUGGUGUGCGUGGUUGCAAGUGUACACAUAAAAAUUAAUAUACAUAUAAAUGAAGAAAACAAACCAACAACGAUAUCAUAGGUGUAUGAAUAAUUUUUAUUUAAAACUAUACAAUUUCAAUUUAAGCAUGUGGUUGAUCUGGGUUGUCGUCUGUUCCGGUGAACACGAUUUACGGUUGGAACCCUUACACGCCUGUAUCGAUGUUGACCGUUUCAAGAGUCCAUAACAUGUUUCAAAACAGAUAUGUAUGUAUAGGAAAAUACGCAAUGAUGUGAUACAUGCUACUUCACCUGCAAACCCAACACAAUCGAUAGUGAACUUAAGAUAUUAUUCCUUACAGCGCUAAAAGAUAAACUAUUGUCGCAGGGAUCACUUUAAUAUCCGGUACGCGCAGUGGAUAAAGCGCGCCAAUUUCCACCAUUGUCACGAGCUGGAUUCUCGGCCUGGGUGCAUAUGUACUUGGUUUGUGGUCACAAAGCCGAGUGAUUAAUAUAAUAUUGUAAUAACUUGUUUCACAACCGUUGCAAAAUAAAUGCGUUAAAUUCAAUUUAUAGUACGAAGUACGAAAAUACGAAGGAAGUUGAGGCAAAUAUUAACACUCCAAUGGACAACAGGAGAAUGAUGGCGAUAAGUAUCCCUUCAUGAAGGCAGACAGUUUCUCCUGUAACAACGCCUGAAACAUAGACAUCUUCGUUAAGUGACACAUACUAGCACAGGGUUACUACAAUCGGAAUAUCUUGGCCGUUAUCCAACAUAUAUGACCACGAAAAUAAAACGGGUCUUUAAAAAUCGUCUAUCAUGGCGGCGCCCAUAUUGAAAACGUGUU